AUGCCGGUGACACCAGAGGAAGCAGCAAAGCUGCUAGAAAGUGUUAAGGAUGGGAAUACUUCCCUUGAGCAGCUGCAGCGGCUCCUUGAGUCCCUUAAGGUAGAGCUCCCUGGCAGCAGCAGCAGCAGCAGCAGCAGCAACGAUGCGGAUAGCAAGACUGAGGUAAAAGAAGCAGGUGCAGCAGCAGAUGCAGCAGCAGAAAAUGCGACAAAAGGGGACAAGGAGGAAGCAAAGGAUGGAGACGCAGCAGCAACAGCAGCAACAGCAGCAGCAGCAGCAGGAAAAUCUUGUGGAGGUGAUUGUACAGCUGAUUGCAGCAAAUGCAGCAAGAGUAGUGACACGACUCCUUCUUCCCCACCAGCAGCAGAAGCAAGCAGCAACGGCAGCAGCAACAGCAGCAGCAACAGCAGCAGCAACAGCAGCAGCAGCAGCAACGAAGAAGCAGCAGCAGCAGCAGGUCGUGCACAUUUAGGUCAACUAGAUGAAGGAUCGCGUCUUGUUAUACAAAGAGCAGAAGAUGAUGACUCUCCUCUUGUAUCCGCUAAAUCUUGGUAA